AUGGCUUUAUUAAAAACCAGAUCGCCUAAGCUCUCCAUCAGCAGGUCCGUGGCUCGUAUUCGGAUUAGUUCCCCGUCUCUCUGCGGCAAACCCACUUCAAAUUCCGUCGACAAUGAUCAAACGAUUGAAUUUUUGGGCAUUGGUAUGGAGGAAUUUGUGGGUGAGGAUGGGCAUAGAAACGGCAACAAGGUUAUGGUGCUGGUAGAUUUUAGUCCUGAAGCCAAGGGAGCUCUUGAAUGGGCACUGUCUCACACUGUUCAAAGCCAAGAUACCAUUGUUCUUCUGUAUGUUGGCAAACCAUCAAAUUUCAGUAAGGGUCCUGAGUGCAAACUGAAGGGUAAUUUAAGGGCUUAUGAACUUCUUCACUCCAUGAAAAAUGUCUGUCAAAGGAAAAGGCCUGGGGUGCAAGUAGAGGUAGCCAUAAGUGAAGGGAAAGAAAAGGGUCCGAUGGUAGUGGAAGAAGCAAAGCAACAAAGGGUGUCGCUGCUGGUUUUAGGACAGAGAAAACGGUCGAUAAUAUGGCGGCUAAAGAAGCUGUGGAGGGGACAGGGGAAGGGUGGCGGAGCAGUGGAAUACUGUAUACAGAAAUCUUCAUGCAUGACAAUUGCUGUGAGGAGGAAAGGCAAAAAGCUCGGAGGCUAUUUGAUCACCACCAAGCGGCACAAAAAUUUCUGGCUUUUGGCUUAGGAUUCUCUUUUUUUCUUUUUGCUUUAUAUAUUUUAAAAUGGAAAUUAUGCAGGGUUCAUAACCACUACCCAAGGCAGAGUCUUUACUCUUCUAUCUAAAAUUGGGCUGGAUUCCUUGUGCUCAACAACAUUGAAAUCCAGGAGCUGAACCACCCUCCGCCCCA